AUGGCCAACCGCCUCCAUGUCGCCGUGCUAGACGCGGAUAUCCCCUGCUUAUCUAUAUACGCCCAGCGAGGCCUGUACAGUUCGCAGUUCCGCGUUCUUCUCCAGAAUGCCGCGGAUCGUUUAAGCAAAAGUGGCAAUGUCCAACUGCAGAACGGCCCGCUGGCCGUGCAUGUCACGGCUUUUGAUCCCGUGGGAGGUACACUACCACCUCUUGAAUGCCUGCGCGCUAUGCCACGUUCCCCGAGAUCCAACGAGGGGCCCUUGGGUGCGAUCGACGCAAUCCUGAUCACCGGAUCGGCACACUCAGCAUACGAUCCAUAUCCGUGGAUCAUACAGCUUCAAUCUUUCAUUCAGACGGUGCAUGCCAACUACCCUCUGGUAAAGAUUUUCGGCUCCUGUUUCGGCCACCAGCUCAUCGCGCAGGCCCUACUGUCGGGAUCUGCAGCAUCGACAUUCCGCGUUGAGCAUUCAACUGAAGGCUUUGAAAUGGGCAUCCAACCUAUCAUUCUGGACCCGUCAUUCACGGCAUACUUUCCCCCUCUGGUGUCACCAAACCCCUUCCGCAUCCAGUUGAUCCACGGCGACCAGGUGGUUCCAACUGCCGAAGCUAAAGCUGCAGCUGCAGCUGCAGCUGCAUCUGCAUCUGCGGGUGAUGUUUCCCUACCAGUACCAUGGAUGAACAUAGGCAGCAGCGCCGUAUGCCCCAUCCAGGGUCUUUACAAUCCCGGCCGGGUGCUAUCCUACCAAGGCCACUUUGAAUUCGACGCAUGGACCAAUCGUGAACUAUGUCAGGAAUUUGGCCGGCGCGCAAACUGGCCCCAGGCGACCGUAGCCUCAUACGUGGAAUCCAUCGAGCGUUCGCUCGUCCCGGGACAAGAAGACAACGACGAUUCGAAAGCCGCAGCGGAAGCAGUACUAUUGUUUUUCGCUGGCGAAGAUCAGCCCAAAUCAUUCCCAAUUGCCAAUGGAAUGCUCACACCUCCGCUUGAUUCCCCAGCAGGUUGA